AGAGCAAGGAGAGAGUGGCAUAUAUCGAAGACGCACAGACGAAUAGCCCUUGAACGGGGUGAAGGAAUGUCCGUUGUCAUUCUGAUAAAGGUGGCCGCGAAAAAUCCCACCAUGAUAAGCGAGCCAUAGACAUUACGUCCUUCAAUGCAACCCACGUCUGCAUCACAAACCCCGGAGCUUUCAGCACAUCUUUGCAGACGACGAUAAAACGCAUUCAACAAGAAGAAUGCCUUGAGAUCAUCAGUCGAUUUUGGACAGGAUCUUGGUUCUUGGUAAUCGCCCUUGAUACAGGUACUAUGGCACCGAUUGAUUCUUCUGAAUCUUCUUGGCCGCUGGCGGAUUAUUUCUGGAUCGCUGGUUUGGAUGGUCAACAGCUAUCCGACGCCUUUUCUCAACCGAGAUGGUCAUACGAGAUCAACGACAGCAAUGGCAUCGACUCAAUUAUCCAGGAAGAAACCACCACAGCCAACGAUCAGUCUUCCAUACUCCAGUCUCCUAGGCCUUCGAUCAACCAUUCGAGACAUGACUCAUACCAACGGCUCUCUCAACUCUCGGAUGAAGCUCGACAUUCCAUCAGAAGUCUGUACAGUCCAGUUCGCAGCAAUCGUAGCAGCCUCACAAUUAAGCCUGUUGAAAGCCCCCCAGCCCAUCGGAUGUCAACGGCUAUUACCGAGGUAGACUUCGAAAAGGCAAUGCAGAAGUUCGCAACAGAUCGAGAUACCUUCUUCCUUGACUUAUCAUUCAAUCAAGCAGAUAAAGCGAAACCUACUCGGCCAAAGUCGCGAGUGCAGACCCAGAAGAUUGUCGUGCCAGAUGAGCCCAGUCCGCUGCCAAAUCGUAACUUUGGCAGCAUUCGGAGACAUCUGUCGUUCAAAGAUAUGGCCAGUACAAAACGACAACCUUCCAUGGCUAGGAAAGUCAGCACACGCACUUCCCGGAGAAUGAGCAGCUACAAUUCGGUCAUACCAAGUCCAGAAUCUUUCCACACUUCACCCAACGAACAUCCAUUGAGGCGCGCAUUCGAACCUGUUUUGCUGGAGAGGUACCCUCGACCAUCGGUCCUUGACCGAGCACAGAAACGGGGAUCGUUUCCAGAUUACGUGCCAAUGUUUGCCUUUCCCAACGAUAUCACAAUCGUAUGUGCGGAUAUAAAGCCACGGUCUACAUGGCAUGAAUUCUCCAUGACUGCAGCCGACAAUUCGAGGAUAUCGACAGUGCAAGUCACAAUUUGGAUUCCUGUAAGCUCUGAAGUGGCUGAUAACUUGGAGAAAAAGUGCGACGAAUGGCGGAGAGCUCACAUGUCGGAGGCCGAAAGAGAAAUGGCAAUCUCUCUGGAGGAAAGAUUGAAAAUCGAGAACGCAAAAUUGUCCAGACUCUUGGCUACUCUCCCUGGUGUCCUCCAAGGAUCUCCAGAAAGAGAACAACUAGAAGACGAAAUCAGCGCAGUUGAAGAGAAGAUCAAUGUCAUGUCCGACAUGUUGAGGCCGCUACGCCAUGGCUCGUCAGCGGAGAUCCAGGGUUUGACCGCGAGCGACACACGGUAUUGGAUACCGAGAGCUUAUGGCAUCCUCGGCAGAGACAGCACAAUGACCAACUUCUGGAGGCAGUGGCUACGUGCCAUUGUUGUGCCGAUGAUGGAUGGUGAAAUUCUACGAGUUCCUGCCAGUUCCCCAAAGGUCGGCAUGUGGCAGCCGCUUGAAAGAUAUGUCGCUACAAUCUGUCUUGACGCUCCCUGUCCUAUCUCUUCGAAAGUACAGGUCCAAACCUCCAUACGAGAACUUCAACUAUAUGCAAAGAAGGAAGCUCCCAACGAACUUCCAGGGAGUCGAACAACCGACCUGUAUCCACUAUUCAGGACACUCACCAUACCCAACAUCAUACUCCUUUUUGAAUACGUCUUGGCAGAGUCCAGGAUCGUCCUCCUCUCGUCUCAUACCUCUAUGUUGCAAUUGGUUAGCAAGGCUAUCAUGGACUUGAUUUGGCCGCUCGAAUGGGCUGGCAUCUUAAUCCCGGUGCUUCCUUCACGACUGGUGCAGGCGCUUGAUGCUCCCUGUCCUUAUAUCUGUGGCAUCAAUCGUGACUACGAAAGAUAUGACCUGCCAGACGACGAUUAUGUACUGGUAGAUCUGGACAGGAACGAGCUUCACAGCAUUGCACCACCACCAUUUUUACCUCAACGUCAACGCAAAAAAUUAAUGUCAUUAUUGCAUCAAGCCGUACCCUUGCACCACAGCUUCGGUGUAACACCCGGGGCACCCGCAUACACCGUCGAGACCUUCCCGAACGAUGCCUUCUCUGCCGAACUUGACUCGGUGUUCACGGCUGUUGCCAAGUCGACGAAUUUGGACAAACUGACGAGCCUCAGCUCCGCCUCAUUUGGUGCGCAGGCUGCUUCGGAGACUCUGCGUCGUGCGCCAAUGUUGAACGUUUUCCUGGCUUCCGGUACGGCAAACGGCAAGAGCAUGGAACGGCCCAGGACUUCCUCGACUGCACGGCAAUCAACCUACACCGAAUCGGACGGCAUGUCUCCCACGAGCGGUAGCUUCCCUAAUACGUUCAAUUUCACGACCUCUAGGCAUGACUCUGGAUAUGCUCUGCAAACGUCCUUACGCGAGAAGCGAUCUGGCCACUUCGAUUCGAUGUCAAAACGAAGCAUCUCCGUGCCUCAACAGAUGAUAAGAAAGGCUAGUCUCCCGUUUGUUCGGCACAAUGCUAGUCCUUCCACUGGCUCAUAUCCCGACCCAUUGAGAAAUGGCUCGACCUUUGGCUCGACCUAUGCAAACUCAGCAUACGCACAGUCAACGUUGGCAGCGUCUAGUAUUAUGCCGAACAUGUACAUACAACCUGCAAGAAACGUGGAAGGGACAUACUGGGUGGAAGGUCAUUGCCUGCAAUGGCGGGGUGCAGAGGGCCCGUCUACGUGUGUUCUCUGUGACGAUAAGGCUCAAGAUGGGUAUUAUCGAUGUUCCGGGUGCGGCUUCGUUAUCCACGAUCGAUGUGCUUCACAGAUCACAAUCCCAUGCUCAGCGGCUUUCUACCCCGAUCAGGUCCGAGCUGCGUUUGCAAGAGGGUUCGGCACCCUGUUCUACAACUAUCGAAAGUUCAUGCACCCAGCGCCUUUGCAGAAGAAGAAACUCGGAGCAGUAUAUCAAUUCGACAAUGAGGCGUUUAUCAGGAGUCUCCCUGCCGAUCACGCAGCUUACAUGGAGAUGUUGCAACAAACACAAGCCUGGAACGAGUUCAUCAUCGAUCGCGAGGAGAAUGUUCCAAAACCGUCAUUACCGCUCUUUGACGCCAUUAUCUCGGCAAAACGGGGACGAGCAGGGUUGCUUCGAUCAAGUCUCAAUCGAAGAAGCUUCAUGCCGCGAUCUCCGUCCACUGCUGCCCGGGCGGAUAUUCUGACGGACACGUCGCAACACCAAUGGCGGAUUAUUGCUGUGCCUUGCAGUACCGAGCGGCCAGACCUUGGUGCAGCAGCAAAAGGCCGUGACUAUCAUACCGUCAUCACACGCACACCCUCCAAACUGGAGGAUGGACUAUUCAGACAGGAAGAAAUGGUGCCAGACUUGCCGACCAUCCGGAAACCAAGAGCACAUACACUCAACGGAAGGAUGAAUGGCCUCAGCAUGCAUGCACCCUAAUGCGCCAUAAAACUCGGCACCGCACAUGCACAUGUA